GCGACAGGGGAGGGGAAAAGCAUUGUCGCCCAGCCUCCCUGCCCUCCACAGGCAGUUGAUGAUCAUAUCUGACAGCUUGGGGUGGAAGUUGAACUGCUCAGAGCGCUGGGUCCCCAGUAUCUACUCCUCCCCUGUGAGCGGCUCUCAGCUGCUUUCUCUGCACCAGAGCCCGGCUUUGGCUCUUUGUCAGCGCAUGGGGGUGCGGGCAGACGAGCGGCGUGAAUAUAUCAUGUACACAAUAGAGUGAACGAGUGCAGCACGACCAUGAAAGCCCAGCGGGAGAGGCUGAGGAUUCCGGGGUUGACAUUGGACCUCACUCCACGAAGCUUGAGUCCAACUCCCACAAGCCCUUGCAGCCCAUGCAGCCCGCUGCACGCGUUUCAUUUUUGGAGCUGCAGAACGAGCAACAGAAAAAGUCUGAUAGGUAGCGGACAGUCAUCAGCCCUUCCUCGACCACACUCUCCUCUGUCGUCACACACAGGCACCAGUCCACAAGACAGCCCUAGAAACUUCUCCCCUAGUGCUUCAGCUCAUUUCUCCUUCACACGCAGUCAUGGACUAAGAGCAGACAGAACUGAUGGCCGACGCUGGUCAUUGGCAUCCCUUCCCUCCUCUGGCUAUGGAACAAACACACCCAGCUCCACCGUCUCUUCGUCCUGUUCAUCACAGGAGAAGCUCCACCAGCUGCCUUUCCAGCCCACACCAGACGAGCUCCACUUCCUGUCCAAGCAUUUCUACACCGAGAGCAUUACUGGAGAUGACCGCAGGAGAGCUACACCUAUGCGGCCACGCUCCCGCAGUCUCAGUCCCGGAAGAUCCCCAUCGUGCUGUGACCAUGAGAUUAUCAUGAUGAAUCAUGUAUACAAAGAAAGAUUUCCCAAGGCCACAGCUCAGAUGGAGGAGCGCAUCAAGGAGAUCAUUCAAAGCAACUCCCCUGAGAAUGUCUUGCCCCUGGCAGACGGUGUCCUCAGCUUCGCACACCAUCAGAUCAUUGAGCUAGCCAGAGACUGCCUGGAAAAGUCCCGUCUCGGCCUCAUUACUUCACGAUACUUCUGUGAGCUCACGGAUAAACUGGAAAGGCUCUUUCAGGAGUCAACGGAGCGAUCGGAGAGUGCAGAGGUGACCUUUAUCAAGGAGCUGGUAAAGAAGAUUCUCAUUGUCAUCGCCAGGCCUGCUCGACUCCUUGAAUGUCUGGAGUUUGACCCUGAAGAGUUCUAUCAUCUCUUGGAGGCUGCAGAGGGUCAUGCCAAAGAAGGCCAAGGCAUCAAGACCGACAUCCCUCGCUACAUUAUCAGCCAGCUUGGUUUGACAAGGGACCCACUUGAGGCGUUCUUGCCUUGUCUCUCUCUGAGAGUUCCUCCCCUCCUACAUCACUCUCUAGGGAGCUUUUCCGCUCUUCUCUUUCUCCAUAUCUCAUAUGGUUGUGUCCACCUCCUCCUGCUUCUCAUUGGCUGCUGCCGAAUUCUCCAUUGA